UUGAACGCAUCUUAUAUUUAUGCACAAAACUAGCUCAUUAAUCGUACUUUCGUAAAAGCAAUGUAGUAGUAAUAUAAAUGUUUGUCAAACUAGUUUGAAAGCCGCACCGACCACUUUAGGGUUUACUCGGCUAUGACAGAGAUUCUACGCAGAAUCCACGGUGGCUUUCUAAAAGUGGCCCUGUUCCCCAGCAGCUUUGGGAAUAAAGCGCCUCGUCCUGCCGCCUCUGAAGUACUAACAUGUCACCUCACGCAGCGCGCGCUGCCGCCCUGGACUUCAUUCUGCGUGCGCUACAGGGAUGUCAUCAACGACCAAUUCGGUCUGUCCAACUUCAACUGGCAGGUGCAGGGAGCGAACUACCACAUCCUUAGGACCGGUGCUUUCCCUUUUAUCAAAUACCACUGCACCAAAGCACCUCCACAGAACCUGGAGUUUGAAAAUAAGUUUUUUGGGGCAUUGAAAGUCAUCAAUCUAGGUAUCCCAUGCUUGGCAUAUGGCUUGGGUUCAUGGAUGGUAGUUGGAGUGACAGAGACAGUUCAGACCUCUGCAGGACCUGUUACGGUUUACUUUGCAUACAAGGAGGUGGAGGGUGCUCAGUUUUAAUAUCGGAGACAAUGAGUAUUUGAAAAGAAGGACUUGAGUUUUACAAGAAAAUGUUUGUCACAGACUGUCUGAAAAUUUGUACGAAUGGCCAAGAGCGACCUGAAAUACACAAAUGCACUUUUGCAACAAAAAAA